UUUGACUGCUUUCGUCUUGUCUCCGGUUCUUAUGGCCCUGUUUUGUAUGUUUGUGGAGCUGCGUUCUGCUACGCAUUCCGUUGGUAUUUUACCAUUAAUACUUGUCUACUUAACGGUAAAUUACAGACAUUAAACGCACGCACACACACACACAGUGACAGGGCGGAAGAGGGAUACGAGUGUUUAUCAGUACUGCUGCUGCUGCUGCUGCUCCUCAAAAGCUGGUUGGAGAUUUUCCGAAUCGGUCUGGGCUCUGGUCUGGCCCGGCCGAAGGCCGCGGAGUGUACGCCUAAUUGA